GAUCCCGAUGUUCAUUGGCCCAUUCCAGUGUUUUUUCCCGUGGUUCUUAAUUUCCUAUAGGUUAGAAGAGCGGGUUUGCUUUUGAAUCAAGGAAAAGAGCAAUCUUUAGGGGCUAGCUUCUGAUUGAUUUGAUGGUCUUAUGCGAUAUUUUUUCUUCAUGGACGAAAUUGCUUUAGUUUAGGCCUGAGUUAGGGGAGCGGGAUAUUGAUGCGAAGAAUGUCUUAUUUUUCACGCCGCUUUUUUGUAAGCCUGCUUAUUGCUCAUCUUAUCUCGCUUGCAUUUGCGUUUAAUAAUUGGUAGCUAUCCCUACUCGAAGUGGGGAAAGAAAGUAACGGAAAUGGAACAAGAUGCAUAUCAUCAUUCUAUAAAUUAUGCAGUUACGACAUUUUUUAUAUAGACAUAGCCUUUCAGCACUCAUGCCAUGUAUGUGGAUAUGAAUUGUGUAUGCCAUGAACCCCUUGAUAUGCUUGCUCAGCUCUUAAUCCUAAAAUGUUUUUGUGGUUAUGUUAGAUCUGGUUUGUAGGCAGUAGGCACAAUUAUGUUUUUAGCCCAAAUAUUUGUGUCAUGGCAGGAACAUACAGUUCUGCUGUUUCCUCUAGACCUCAAAAUAUCCAAUAAAGAGGUGCACUGCUGCUUGCUGAUCUGACUGAUGUCUCGUAUGAUGGUUGUUAUAUUUAACUCUUGGUCUCACCAUUAUUAGGCAGCAUCAUGUGUUGUCUCAGCAAGGAAGGUCAAUCCCAAUAAUUUCAGUCUGUACCUUUUUGUGCUAUGAGCUUGGUCACCACCACAUCCUGAUAGCCAUGCCAAAUGGUGUUAUGUUGAGCAACAAUCGUUGUGCUGUAGGAGACUGUAAUAGAGCAUGUAACAGACUGGAUUUUGGACAUAUAUUACUUGCAUUAAUGGCAAUGCCAGUUGCAUUUGACACGCUAUUGCCAAAUAGAAUGAACAGGAUUGGGAUAGAUCUCUUUUGACCACCUUGCCUUGUCUGUAUCAGUAUGUUGUAGGACGGACCUUACCAAGUAGGUGUUGAAGUUUAUGUAUGAGUCAGUUCAUUUGGCAUGAUGACAUGUCCUGGUUGAUGUCAGGUCUUGCAGGUAGAUACGUUACAUUAGCAUAGGUGGUAUGACAUCGUAGUUAUGUGGUAAUAUUUGUGAUUGGUGAGAAGGAAAUGACUAGGUCAAGUGUUGUUUGCCUCAUGCUGCUGGAAGGUGGUCCUUGAAUUUGUCCUUUUGUAUUAUAUCGGUUGGAGAGUGUGGUCCAUUAUCUUAAAUGAUGGCUGGAUUGGAUAUUGUGGCCCUAAAUGAGGCCCUGCUUGGUAUGGCUUCAACUCUCAGCGCCACGUAGAUCUUGAGUUUGUAGGCUAAGAUAAGGUGGUUUAACUCUCUAUUUUUAGAUUAAAUGGAAACAAAAUGGUUCACCCAAACACCCUUGGUGUACCUAUAGCUCUAGCUCCACGAAUUUCUGAAGCUAGGAAUACCGUGCUCCAAGAAUUCUUGGAUCUGGAGCUCUACCAAACAGGCCUUGAGAAGGAACCAUGGUUUUGAAGUCGUAUUCGAAUCUACUAGAUAUGAGCAGCGAAGAUGUGUUUGACUUCCAACAACCUUUUAGAUCUCUUCCUCGUGUGGUGACCUCUCCUGGCAUCAUAUCCAAUCCCGAUUGGGAAACUAAUACUGAUGUUGAUUCCAUUGGUUCUGCGCCUUCUUGUCUUGAGAGAAAAAUAGUUGUAGCCAACUUCCUUCCUCUGAACUGUACGAAAGAUGAAGCUACCGGACAGUGGUCCUUUGCAAUGGAUGAUAAUCAACUUAUUGUCCAACUUAAAGAUGGUUUUCCAAUUGAGACUGAAGUUGUUUAUGUGGGUAGUUUAAAGGUUCACAUUGAUCCUAGUGAGCAAGAUCAAAUUUCUCAAAAGCUCUUCAAGGAACACAAAUGCAUACCUACCUUUCUCCCAGCUGACCUCCAGCAGCAGUUCUAUCACAGCUUCUGCAAACAGCAACUAUGGCCACUUUUUCAUUAUAUGCUUCCUAUUUGCCAUGAAAAAGGUGAACUCUUUGACCGCUCCCUUUUUCAAGCCUACGUGCGGGCCAACAAAAUCUUUGCUGACAAAGUUAUGGAGGCAAUCAAUUCAGAUGAUGACUGUGUGUGGGUUCAUGAUUAUCACCUUAUGCUUGUCCCAACCUUUUUAAGAAAGAAGCUGCACCGGAUCAAAGUUGGUUUCUUCCUCCACAGCCCAUUUCCCUCCUCUGAAAUCUAUAGGACUCUGCCAGUGCGGGAUGAAAUCCUAAAGUCGCUUCUUAAUGCUGAUCUCAUUGGCUUUCAAACAUUCGACUAUGCCCGCCACUUCCUUUCAUGUUGCAGCAGACUGUUAGGCCUUAAUUAUGAGUCUAAACGUGGUCACAUUGGUAUAGAGUACUUUGGCCGAACAGUGAGCCUCAAGAUCCUUGCUGCAGGUGUACAUGUUGGCCGGCUUGAGUCUAUGUUGAAGUUGCCCGCUACAGUUCGCAAGGUUCAAGAAAUUGAGAACAGAUAUAAGGGCAAGUUGGUGAUGUUAGGUGUUGAUGACAUGGACAUCUUCAAAGGUAUCAGUCUAAAAUUGCUUGGUUUGGAGCUUCUUUUGGAGAGAACACCUAAGCUUAGAGGGAAGGUUGUCCUUGUACAGAUUAUUAACCCUGCACGAAGCACUGGAAAAGAUGUUGAGGAAGCAAUAAAUGAAGCCAUAUCUGUAGCUGAAAGGAUAAAUGAUAAGUAUGGUUCUGUUGAUUACAAGCCUGUUGUCCUUAUUGACUAUCCCAUACCUUCCUACGAAAAGAUUGCAUUUUAUGCUGCAUCUGACUGUUGUAUUGUAAACGCUGUGAGGGAUGGUAUGAAUUUAAUACCAUAUGAGUACACUGUCUGCAGGCAGGGAAAUGAGGAGAUUGAUCAGCUCAGAGGUGUUGAUAAGAGCUUGCCUCAUACAAGCACACUAAUUGUGUCCGAGUUUGUGGGUUGCUCCCCAUCUCUUAGUGGUGCUUUCAGGGUAAAUCCGUGGAGUGUUGAAGACGUGGCUGAUGCAUUAUAUAGUGCAGCAGACCUGACACAGUAUGAGAAGAAGCUGCGCCAUGAAAAGCAUUAUCGCUAUGUUAGGUCUCACGAUGUUGCUUACUGGGCGCGCAGCUUUUCCCAGGAUCUGGAGAGAGCAUGCAAGGAGCACUAUAGCCGAAGGUGUUGGAUAACUGGGUUUGGUCUGAAUUUUAGAGUCAUUGCUCUGUCCCCUGGGUUUAGAAGACUGUCGCAAGAGCACUUUGGUUCUUCUUAUAAGAAGGCUAACAGGAGGGUGAUAUUUCUGGACUAUGAUGGCACCCUUGUGCCCCAGUCGGCUCUUAACAAAGCUCCAAAUGCAGAACUUAUAUCUAUCCUUAACAGAUUAUGCAAUGAUCCGAAGAACAUUGUAUUUAUAGUCAGUGGAAGAGGGCGAGAUUCACUAAGCGAGUGGUUUGCUUCAUGCGAGAAUCUUGGUAUUGCUGCUGAACAUGGAUACUUUACCAGAUGGAACAAAGCAGCUGAAUGGGAAACAAGCUCAUCAGGUCUAGAUUCUGAAUGGAAGCACAUUGCUGAACCUGUAAUGCACGUAUAUGAGGAGACAACUGAUGGGUCCUUCAUAGAACGAAAGGAAAGUGCUCUAGUAUGGCACUACCAGAACACAGAUCAUGACUUUGGCUCCUGUCAGGCAAAGGAGCUAGCGGGCCACCUUGAGCGUGUGCUAGCAAAUGAACCUGUGGUCGUGAAGCGUGGCCAUCAGAUUGUAGAAGUUAAACCUCAGGGAAUCAGCAAGGGGAUUGUCGUUGACAAGAUCAUUCAGACGCUGGUCAACAACGGGGAAGCACCAGACUUUUUGAUGUGCAUUGGUAAUGAUCGUUCGGAUGAGGACAUGUUCGAGAGCAUCAACAAUGCUACCUCCAAUGUUGCUUUCCCCGCCAAUCCAGAGGUAUUUGCCUGCUCGGUUGGCCGGAAGGCCAGCAAAGCAAAGUACUACGUCGAUGGUUGCUGUGAAGUGAUCAGGUUACUCAAAGGUGUAACAGCCAUUUCGUCCCGAAAGGAUACUGUCAGCCAUAGCCAUGCGACCUUCAAUGAUAUGCUCGAGGUUGCCAGUCGAUCCACGAGCAAUUAGCUCGAUUUAUCAAAAGCAAAGCUUAUUCAAUCUGUCAUCGUCAAAUAUCCAACGCCCGCUAGCUACCCAUCAUUCAAAAACCAAACUGUCGCGUGGAGUUCUAAAUCAGCUGAUAUGAAGCAUACACAGCGGUAACAGCACUCACAACCUGUAAGUUCCUCAUCUGAACCCUUGGAGCACCAAGGAGAAAAGCCUUGGACCUUGUAUAGCUCCUGCCUUGCACAUAGUUGCAACUAGCUCCUGACGUCUGUGAUGCACUCUAGAGUCUAGAAUAUUGGUCCAUCAUGUAAGUUGUUUCAGUGUACAAGACAAAGGGCAAACAGUUGUCGUGAGCUGAUUAGCGCAGUAUCAGUAGGCUGCAAUUCGCCCACAUACCGGUGAGAAAUUAAUGGCUGUGAUAGUGAAGUGCCGGGCACUUGAUCCCUAUACUACCUGAGGGGAGAAAGAGACGUUUACUUGUUUCUGUGA